AUGAUUCUUCAAAGAUAUCUCUUUUUCUUUGUGUCUCUUCUAUUUCACUUCAAUACCACGUUUGCCGACACAUACAUCGAAACAUCGUCACUUUUGACAUGUAUGAAAAACUCUCAGCUUACGGCCUCCUAUUUCAACGUUAUCUAUACUCCAAACGAUACUAAGGUCGUAUUUGAUAUUUCUGCAAUCACUACCAUCACCGGGAAAGUCAGAGCAAGCAUCGAAGUCAUUGCUUAUGGGCUAACUGUGGUGACACAAAACGUCUCGUUAUGUGAUUUGGGAUUUUCAACUUUAUGCCCUAUGUCAGCAGGGAGAAUCGACGUUGAUUCAAAUUACGUUCUUUCGUCCUCGUACACGAAAGAAAUCCCAAGUAUCUCGUAUUUUGUUCCUGACUUGGACGCCAAAGUCAAGGUGACGGUUUAUGAUGAAGACUCCGAUAAUAACACUGCUUUGGCUUGUGUCGAAGCCAUUUUAAGUAACGGCAAGACCGUGCAAACCCGGUAUGCUUCAUGGCCCAUUGCUGCCAUCUCUGGUUUCGGCUUAAUCACUUCGGGGGUGAUUUCUGUCACCGGCCACUCGAGUACUGCCGCCCAUAUCGCCAGUAACUCAUUAUCGCUUUUCGUGUAUUUCCAAAAUUUGGCCAUCAGCUCGAUGAUGGCGGUUAAUACCGUGCCUCCCAUCGCUGCUGCGUGGUGUCAAAAUUUCCAAUGGUCCAUGGGGAUCAUUCACUUGAAAGCGUUGGCGAAGAUUGCUAAUUGGUACGUUCAAGCAACUGGGGGUACUGCCACUUCGGUGCUCGCCAAUAAAGACAUUUUGUCGAUCUCCGUGCAAAAAAAAUUACUCAAGCGUUCAGGGUUAUCGACCCUUCAAUAUUUGAGUGAUAUUUAUGAAAAGGCUCAAAAUAAUGGGUACUUGCUUGUGUCUCCUAAAUAUAAAACAAACAAUGUCCACGUUGCCAAGAGAGACGAUAGUAGUGACGCCCUUGAUGAUUCCAGUUUGUACACUUCUAAUGAGAAAAAUUCUACCGAAUUAACAUCGAAGAUUUUAGUUCUUAGAGGGAUUCAAAGAGUGGCAUACUUGGCAGAUAUCGAAAUCACGUCAUUAUUCUUCACUUCGAUGGCGUUCACGAUCUUAUUUGCGUUUGUUCUUGUGGUGGCGCUUGCAGUUUUUAAAGGGAUUGUCGAACUUUUGAUCAAAUCAAAUGUCAUGAAUGAAGGGAAAUUUGGAGAAUACAGAUUGCAGUGGAGAUCGAUCAUUAAAGGCUCUAUGUACCGAUUGUUUCUCAUUGGUUUACCUCAAGUCACAGUUUUAUGUUUAUGGGAAUUAACCGAACGUGAUUCUGUUGCUUGUGUGGUUAUGGCGAUUGUGUUGCUCGUGCUUGUAUUGGGGAUUUUGACUCAAGCGGCCAUCAAGUUGAUUUUGAUUGGCAAAGAGUCAGUGCAACUUUACAAGAACCCUGCGUACUCUUUGUACGGUGAUCCUAAAGUCCUCAACAAGUAUGGUUUCCUUUAUGUCCAAUAUAGUGCUGGCUGCUACUAUUGGGUCAUGGUGUCUCUUACUUAUAUUAUUAUCAAGUCGCUUAUUAUUGGGAUUUUACAAGGGAACGGUAAAAUCCAGGCGGUCAUUGUAUUUGCUGUGGAAUUAAUUUAUUUGAUUGCUCUCUGUGCCAUCAGACCAUAUAUGGAUAAAAGAACAAAUGCUUUCAAUAUCUUGAUCCAUGUGUUUAAUCUCAUCAAUUCGAUUUUCUUUUUGAUUUUCUCUGAAAUUUUCGGAGCCAAAGCAGCAGUGAUUUCUAUUUCUGGGGUGGUGCUUUUUGUGGUCAACGCGGUAUUUUCGUUGAUCUUGUUGAUUUUCACUAUCUGGACUUGUACAAAAGCCAUUGUUUACAAGAACCCUGAUGCCAAAUAUACUCCAGUGAAUGAUGAUAGAGUGUGCUUCAUCAAGCCAACUGAUGGUGAAGAAAAAGUUAGAGGGGGUACCGAAUUGGACGCCUUGGGAUCGGCAGCGCUCAGGGGUCAUGAAGAUGUUGAUCUUACCAAGACGUUAUCGCAUCAGUAUACUCCAGGGGGUACUAAAUUGGGGAAUAAUGUGUUUGAAGAUGAUGAAUAUGAAGAUAAAUUCCCUUCGCUGAGACUUCCGACUGGAGGUAGAAACCGUGCUGACUCGCUUACGAACAGUAGUGUUGUGCAACCUGGAUCAAUGAUUUAUCAGAACCAUGGGGCCAGUGCGUCAUCGUUUGGAGUCAACAGUAAUACAGGAGGAGGAGUUAGCAGACCAAUGAACACACAUAAUGAAUCAGGGACAGGAUAUCAGGGAAUGGACAAUUACGGAUCACGAAAUAUGUAUCCAUAUGAUGCUAGUGGAAGCAGCACUAAUUUGGGAAAUCCUUAUGGAAACCAAGGUAACAGAGGUUAUUAUUAA